UCACUGUGUUAUACCCGAAAGCCAAGACAAGAGAACUAUUUAGAACCCAAACGCAGCGAGAGACGUUAAGGUUUGAAACCACGGCGGAUUAUUUCUUUAUUAUGGCGAUAAUUCCUUCACGGAGAAGAACGACUGCUAUCUACAAUUUCAACAGUUUCCGUAUUUCAACCAGAAGCUUACAUUGGAGCGCGCGCAUGACAACUGGUUAAAGUGUUAUGUAUCAGAGAAAAAAAGAGGCCAUGACAAACCACACGAAGAAUACGAGCCUAAAGGUAAAAGACGGGCCUAGAGAAAACAAAAUGCCCAAAAUUUCUGAGAAGAGUGUUAAUCCAGAAAUGAAGGAGAAUAUCCCGUCUGAUCAACUGGCAGUUACAGAAGUUCUGGUCUCAGACUGGCUUGAAUGUCAGUCUGUAGUUCCGGAUAAAAGAGAUGAUGAUGAUGAUGAUGAUGAUGAUGAUGAUGAUUAUGAUGAUGAGGAUGAUAGUGAUGGUGAAACAGGAUGGAGUUCAGAAGAAGAUGAAGGAGUUUCAGAGAUGUCCUCCGAGAACAGAGAGUUAUGGGAGUCCUUCUUGAACCACAGUGAUCCCUAUAAUCCACUCUACUUCUCCUGCCCUACUGAAGACAAAGUGAAUCAUUCAGACAAUGAUCAUCAUGAUGAUGAUGAGGAGGAGGAGGAUGAGGAGGAACCUGAUUCUCCUCCUCAAAAGAAAGAUGAAACAGAAUGGAGUGAGGAAGAAGAAUCUGAUUGGUCAGAUGAAGAAGAUUUAAAGAUGUCUGCAGAGAACAGAGAGUUAUGGGAGUCGUUUGUGAACAAAAGCGACCCCUUUGAUCCACUCUGCUUCUCCUGUUCUACUGGAGUCAAAGUAAAAGCUUCAGAGAACCACACAGUGUCAAGUCCCACAGCCAGUGAUGUGGAGGACAAUCCUGAACAGAGCACAAAGGAAAGAGCAACAAAGGUGCGUUUCAGUGAGGAGGUGACCAUACACUACAUCGAAUGGGACGCUGCGAACCAGGCUGCACGAGAUGGGUCAUGUUGGAUGGAGAUGGCGAGGGACAGAGAUCGUUUUAAAAGGCGAGUGGAGCAAAUUGGAGAGAUCAUCAGCCCGUGUCUCACAGCUCAGCACAGAGCCAAAGUUUUGGACAGACUUUCGAACCACUCUGAUAACGUUUUAGCAGUUCAGUGUCGGCAAACAACAAAAUACCAUCAAAAAACUGAAAAAAUCAUGGCAGCUAUCUCUAUAAAGAUUCUGUUAUGGUGCUUAUGUAUUUGCUUCAAGACACUGACGUUAUUGAACUGUUUUAAUCAAACAAUGAGAAACAUUACAUAAACAGAACAGAAAAAAAAUGUCAAUAAACACUGCAUGAACUUUA